CUGAUUUGCGUCAAACAUAACGUCAAAACAGCGGUGUUUUUUCUCGUAUCGUGAUUCAUAGCGUUUUACUUUCCACAUUGAAAUUUAAUUAAUAGUAAUAAUUUUGAUCGAACAACAAUAAAUACAAUGGAUGAAGAACAAGGUGGACUUACUGAAGAAGAUUUUUAUCUUCCCCCUGUGAAAUAUGAAUAUUUGGAUCACACUGCUGAUGUACAGUUACAUGCUUGGGGUGACAGUUUAAAAGAAGCCUUCGAACAAUGCGGAAUGGCAAUGUUUGGCUACAUGACUGAACUCAACUAUGUGCAGAUAAAGGAGGUGCACUCAAUCGAGGCCACAGCUGAUGACAUGAUGGGCCUUUUAUACCACUUCCUGGAUGAAUUACUAUUCCUGUUUUCUGUCGAACCUUUCUUGAUAUGUAAAAAGCUAGUAAUAACAGAAUUCAACACAGAAGAGUUCAGAAUAGUUUGUAAAUGCUAUGGAGAAGAAUUCCAGAUUGGUAGACAUCCUCAAGGCACCGAAGUCAAGGCAAUUACAUAUUCAGCGAUGCAAAUCAUUGAUGACCCCAAAGAUAACAAGUUUGAAGUGUUUGUUAUAAUUGAUAUUUGAAUUAUGUAUUAAGUACACACAUUGUUUUCUAUGCAUUCAAUUAAUAAUCAAUUAUUGUUAAGGAAAUAAAUUAUUUUUAUAUUCUGCUUA